GAGAAUCGGACAAGUUAGCCCGUCACUACUGUAGCCUAUAUAAGACGGUUCAGAGUAAUGGGUCUCGAACUUCGUAUACAACUGUGUUCAAGCAAGAUGGCUUUUUCUGUCGUGCGCGUCGUGAUCCUCCUGGGAGUGUUUCUUGGGGAUUGUGCACUCUCUCAAGAACUAAAGUAUGAGACUCAUCCUCCGUACGUCCAACCAGCCGUUCAGACUCUGACUUCUACCACGACUGUGACAGUCACUCACACUGUUCGUCAAAUAGUGACCUCUGGUGUGUCUGACGAAGUAAUAACUACAUAUACUCCUGUGGUGACCUCCCUCGUCACGGAAUACACCUUUACUGGAAUCGGUGAAGGAGCGGAUACAGCGGUUGUCACUAGUACAAGCACACCGGUCGUCGUGGUAACGAGCACCCGGGUCACCAGUCCAGUAAGAACUUUCGUGUCGAUUUUUUCCACCUUCGCAACAGUUACUGUGACGGUUGACUUAGUGUUCUCGGUCACUAGUGAGGCGACACGGCAUACGACCCAGAUAAGCCCCGUCUACGAGACCCGCGUGUUGCAGCAUGUGGUGGGGACAACGACAACCCUUUACUCCACCUUCACUACAACAUUAACUACUCAUGAACGCGGCUACCAUAAUUAGUGCAUAACACGUGAAUAAAAUGUGUAUCCGUGCUUUGAGUAAUGAGUAAUAAAAUUGGCUAGUUACCUUACUCUUUUCUUGAAGUACUGAGAGCUGCAAGGUGUCCACGAAUUAAUGGACGGAUAGCGUGUACAUUGAGAAGUGUUUAAUGGUUUGAUACGAGUAACGAGUAAUAAUGUUUACAUAAGGUUUUUGUCAGUAGCGCAUGACGCGACUUCAUGCUGUGGUAAUAUACUCACUGUACUUCACGUUUAUAAUUUUUUUACACGCGCUCGGCCAUUAUUGGCUCGUACACUGAUGUUAUUGAAUGUAAAAAAAAAUAACGACGAAAAGGGAAAUGUGUAUACAUACUAUCAUACAGAAGCGUAAAGGCUUGAGUUACCCUACAUAAGUAUAAAAUGCUUUAACAAUUACAAAGGGUAAUAUUACCAUUGGUAGCCCGGUCUCGGUGCUCAAACCUUCAUUUUUCAGUGACUGAAUGGUAACCGACAAGCCUCUCAGAGGAUUGCUUGGUUCACGUGAUACUAAAAACUUUAAUCUCGCAUGUGGUAUUAGGUUCAAGUUGAUCCCUAUAUGGUAUUUGGAUUUCCAUCAAGGUAACGGGACUAGUGUGUAUUUACUGCAGAUAACACGCACAUAGCACUGCUACAUCCUGAAUGAGACUUACGAUUGUUGAUUUUUCGUCAUUUGCAUGAUUUUUACUACAGUAUGGCUGUCUACUGUAUAUAACAUAGUUGGUGAGUGGAUAUCAAAAUGUGUUAGAUUUUCGAAGAAUACUAACUUAUCACGAUUACCUGUUCAUUGCUUGUGUUUACGUAUUAUAGCUAUAAGUACCCAUUACCAAAUUAUUCGUGUCUGGCCUGUGUGAAUUCAGCCUAUGUGAAACAUUUUAAAUAUUUAAUAUAUUUUUGUGUUAGACAUGAUAUCCAUAUAUUUGUAAGUUUUAUUGCAAAUUAUAUUGCAAGGCCAUUUAAGUCCACUACCAGACAGUGCCAAAUAACCAAAUGCUAUUGCCAAAUGCAAGAUAGAAAACAUUCUAUAACAGUGUACACGUUUUUGCCAUAUCUACGUCGUGCCAUGUGGCAAGGCUGAGCUAUGGUGGCGACACGCUGGGACCAGGUCAGGAUGGAGCACACUGGAGCCGUCAUACUAUAGGUUGCAGAAGUAGUAGAAGCAUAGUUAUAGUCCUCACCCUGCCCUUGUUUGGGUUUUAUAGUAGAGAUAAGGAGACGACUCGGUAGAACUUUUGUCUCACCUAAGUGUGUGUGUGUGUGUUUCUUUUGUGUAACUUUUUUGUAAACGUAAAUUGUUCGGAGGGUCGACUUUGGUGUAUACAACAUGCUAGGUUUUAAUCCAUUUGCUUUCGGCUAACCUAACAAGCUGCCUCCAUAAACGUCCCAUUGAAUCCAUCCCUGCUUCCCGAGGCACUCAGGAAAAUUGCAACUGACCUUAUUUGACAUGCAAUAAAGAACGAUACGGGAAUGUCA